AUGCCAACGCACGUGCCAGCGCUGGCGGCGCCGGCGGAGGCACCGACGUCAGCGGAGGAUGGCGUGCAGGCUUCUAUGCCUUGUACGGCAAUUACGUCGCCGCUGGCGGCCGAGCAAGUCGGCGACGGCAUCCCUGUCGUCGCCGCUGUCGCAGCUACUGCUGCUAACGGCGCCUGCAGGAUAUUCUUCGCCAAGUACCGUUUCGGCCGGAGAGAUGGCUUUGGGGGAACAGGGAAAUCGCUACAGGCCGCUGGGCAGGAAGCUGCCGGAGCGGCCUCCAAGGUUUCGGAAGAAAGCAGUUGCAAGGCGGGUGGCGGCGAGUUUUGCGGCGAGGCCUCAGAGCUUCCCGAGCCGUGGCCAUGCUCGCCAGAUUUCCUUGACCGUUUGCUGCGCGAGUCAAGGUUUCUGAGCGCCACAUGA